AUGUAAAUGUUCCAAGUGUUUCUGGGAUUCAGAACCUCACCUCCAUGCUCUAGAGGUCAAGAGAGUUGGAGCAAAGUCCAGAAGGAAAGGCCAGCUGGGGAGGCAGGAGGAGAGCGGAGUGGGGAAGAGAAGUGGAGAGAAGUGGGAGUGGGAGGGAGAUGCUCACAGCCCUCAGACAGCAGCCAUGACCUGGUGGGGGCCCCUGCCUCUGCCCUAGAUUUUCUCUCAUCUUGGACCUAUGGGGAAUGCACCGUGCCCCUCUUUGGGGCCUAAUUUCCUGUGUCCACUGGUGCCACCUCUUUGCAGAGGCAGCCUUCAGAGGGAUUUGUGGGGGAGAAGGAGCUUCUCCUUUGGAAAGAAAAUGCUUGUGGUCCCCCAUGUACCCUACACCCUGCAACUGUGUCACAGGAGAAGCACUCCCCCAUGGGGGCCAGGCACUGUGCUAAGCCUUUUCCCUGUACUAACAUGCGAACCCCCUCUGAGCACGCCAGUGAAGUGAGCACUGUUUGACAGCCUGAGAAACGGAAGCACGGGGCAGUGAAGGGAAUUCCCCCAGGCCACAGCUAGCAAGUGGCAGAGCUGGGACUUGAACCCAGAAAGGGCAACUCCAGGCUCACCGCCCUGUACUCUCCAGCCUGUUGUCUAGUAGAGGCAAGGGAGGCCCAGGGGUCUCCCCCGAUGCUUAUCUCAUUCUGUAACUCUGCAUUCUCAAUGGAGGUUUUCUUGACUCUAGCUCCAGGCAGGCAGAGACUGCCUUUGUUUGGCUCCCAUUUUUAUCAUUAGCAGAGCAGGUGCUAGUGAUAGUUGCUGAACGGGUGCUGGAUGAAUGCAUGAACAAAUGCAUGAAUGUGGAAAUGAAAGGGGAUGCAGAUGGAGAUGAUGCAGAUGGAGAUGAUGCAGAUGGAGAUGAUGCAGAUGGAGAGCAGUGGCCAUGCAGAAUCGUUGCAGACCUUGGCUUCAGGCUGUGGGGGAUCCGCAAGCCAAGGGUUUGAAUCCAGCUCCAGUGCUUGCCAGCAAUGCCACCUUGGGUGACCUUUAUCGUGCUACCUGGAAAGUGGGGUUGCUGGCAGCCCCUCCCUCCUGGCAUCAGUGACACUGCAUGAUUAGGGUGUGAUCCCUUUGGGUACAAGCGGGGGUGGUGGACCUCCCAGGUGGGCAGGUCCAGUUUGGAUGAAAGGCCAAGGACAAUUCACAGGCGAGCACAGGAGUCCUUGCUUAGCCCCAGCAAUUCUACAGAACCUGCUGUGAACUGCUGGCUGCUGCCUGUAACUUUUCCCUGUCCCUAUUUCCACUCCUUGGAGGCCGCAAGAACAACUGCUGGCUGGCCUUGGCCACUGCCUCAGUGUUCCAGCCUCUGCCGUCAUUUGACACCAAGAAGACAGCCAGGCAGGCCUUGGCUCGCUGCAGAGGUUCUCCACCCCCAGUCCUCGCCGCCCCCCAGUCCUCUGGGUCCUGGCUGGGCUAGGCAGGAGGGCACUUACCUCUCCCUUCUCUCUCUACCGUAGCAUGAACCAGCAGAGGGGCUCUCAACCCUGGUGCUGGGCAGCGGGUCUAGAUUUCCCUCUCUGUCUGCAAGUAUACCCACAAUUUCCCUUCCCUGCUUUCUGGGCUCAGCAGGGCUAUUCACAGGAAGCACGGAGGACCUCUCCCUCACAGUGAGCAACUGACCUUUUUUGAGCACCUAGUGAAUGCCAAGGGUUCUUUCUACAUUCCAAUUCGUGAUCUCAUUCGUUUCUCAAAAUCUCCCUAGGAGGGAGACGUAAUGCCCCUCCCCAUUUUACAGAUGAGUAAACUGAGACUCCAAGAGGUUCAGCCCGUUGCCUAGCAGAGGCAGGAUUUGAGCCGAAAGCUGGGUUGUCUGUACUCCCCUCCAUGCUGCUCUGCAGAAAAGAGAAGCCCUGAGAAAGCUCAGGAAUGUAGUGACAGUCGCAGUGCUAGCGAUGAUGUUAAGCACAGCUCACGUCCACCAUGUGCUUGCUACGUGCUGGGAGCUGCCAUUCAUGCCUUACGUGCAUUUCUGCGUUCUUACUUCUGUGAGGUUUGACAUCUACAGGAAGGUGCCCAAGGACCUUACACAGCCAACGUACACCGGGGCCAUUAUCUCCAUCUGCUGCUGCCUGUUCAUCCUCUUCCUCUUCCUCUCGGAGCUCACCGGAUUUAUAACGACAGAAGUUGUGAACGAGCUCUACGUCGAUGACCCAGACAAGGACAGCGGGGGCAAGAUCGAUGUCAGUCUGAACAUCAGUUUACCCAAUCUGCACUGCGAGUUGGUCGGGCUGGACAUUCAGGAUGAGAUGGGCAGGCAUGAAGUGGGCCACAUUGACAACUCCAUGAAGAUCCCACUGAACAAUGGGGCAGGCUGCCGCUUCGAGGGGCAGUUCAGCAUCAACAAGGUCCCCGGCAACUUCCACGUGUCCACACACAGUGCCACAGCCCAGCCACAGAACCCGGACAUGACGCAUGUCAUCCACAAGCUCUCCUUUGGGGACACGCUACAGGUCCAGAACGUCCACGGAGCUUUCAAUGCUCUCGGGGGAGCAGACAGACUCACCUCCAACCCCCUGGCCUCCCACGACUACAUCCUGAAGAUUGUACCCACGGUUUAUGAGGACAAGAGUGGCAAGCAGCGGUACUCCUACCAGUACACGGUGGCCAACAAGGAAUACGUCGCCUACAGCCACACAGGCCGCAUCAUCCCUGCCAUCUGGUUCCGCUACGACCUCAGCCCCAUCACGGUCAAGUACACAGAGAGACGGCAGCCGCUGUACAGAUUCAUCACCACGAUCUGUGCCAUCAUUGGCGGGACCUUCACCGUCGCCGGCAUUCUGGAUUCAUGCAUCUUCACAGCCUCCGAGGCCUGGAAGAAGAUCCAACUGGGCAAGAUGCAUUGACGCCGCACCCAGCCUAACAGCCGAGGACCCUGGGCAUCGCCAGCCUUGCCUCCAGCGCCCUGUCUCCUUUGGCCCUCAAUCUGGCCUCAAAUCUGGCUGUGUCCCAAAGUGUGUGUGGGAGGUGGGGGGAAAGUAGAGGAUGGCUCGAUGUUUCGCAGCUACCUCUUUUCCCCGUGUUUCAUUUUAGACAAAUUACACUGCCUGAAGUUGCAGUUCCCCUUUCCCUGGGGAGCCCCAAGAGUAGAGUCAGGCAAGGGGUGGGGAGUCCAGGGAUCUUGGGGACCCCUCCUAGGAGAGCUGCAGUCUCUUCCCUCUUAGGGGAAUAUCCCAGAACGCAUAUCGAUCAGCUCUCAGCCAGGCUUCGACAAUCUCGUGGCCCCCACUGUGUGGACACACUAAUGAUUUGGUUUCUCCCCUGGGCAGCCAACCCGCCCCAGAGGCACCAGACCUGGGCUGUCAGCUUUGGGACCAGGCUACUCCUUUAUACACCCGGCACCUUCCACGAAAGAUGGUACUUCCCAAGCAAACCCCUACAAUUUGUCACUAUAGAUGGAACCCUGACUUCUGUCCCAUCCCUUCCUGCCCAACCUAGAGCCCAGGCCUCAAGCCUUUACCCCCACCCCUGUCUUGUUCUUCUAAGACGCAGAUGCCCAGUUGCUCAGCAGCAGCGGUAGAGACUUGAAUCUGCCCACCAGUCACAAGGCGGGUCACAGAUUCCUCUUCCUCUCUUCUCCUUGUUCCUCUGAACCCCCCACCAACGUGCCUCAGCCUGUGUGCUGUGUGGCAACAGCAUUUCUUGGUGAAGGGGCUGGUUCCCACUGCCAAGACCUCCCACUGCUCUGCUGGGAUCUGCAGUGGUAGGGAGUGGGGGUUGUGUGAAGGGGAAGUCAUCUUUGGAGAUCCAGAUAGACAUGGUUUGUGCACUUAUGUCCAGAUGGGAAGCAUCCUUCCUGCGACCCUAAAAUCAUCGUGCAGCCUCUCUCAGACGGACGCCAUCAGUCCCAAGGCCUUAGGUGGAGGAACAAAGGAGGCCAGCCCUGUCCUGUCUGUGGACCUCUACCUUCUGGACUCCCUAUGGGUGCAGAGCACUUGGGUCUCUCUACAACCCAGUCUUGGCCCACUUGCCCACUGCUCCCCCAUCAGCUGGUCACAUGCCAACACAUUCCCAGCCCCUGGGGCAGCUCCAGGGUGCCCCACCUGCUCCUGAGGUGGGUCCCUACCCUGCUGCUCCUCUUCAUCCUUUCCCUUUUGUCCUGAAAGGGAGGGGCAAUGGUCCAGGCAUUAAUUCCACCUAGGGAAUUUUAGCUAUGCCCUCAUAUCCCAGGGAGAGAGCCACACGCCUGUUUUCCAUUUAUAGCAAGAUUGUUUGCAUACUUUUGUAAUGAAGGGGAGUGUCCAGUGGAAGGAUUUUUAAAAUUAUCUUAUGGAUAGCUCAAGUCUCUGCCAUUUGUAAUUUUUGGCUCUAAGCUCCAAUUGGAGAAGCUUCUCCUUGUGCAUAUGAGUUGACUGAUGUUGUGAGUGUAAAUGCAUUUGGCUAUUUCUGGUAUCUGUGGCCACUUGGAUGGAUUUCUUUUUUUACAUUCUGUUCCUCAGUUACAGAAAGGAGUCCCUUUGGUGUGUGAAUAUGUGUGCCUGUAGAGGGUGGGGUGGGGAUGGAAAUGUGUGGCAUGCACAUGAGUUGAAAUUCUACUUUUAUGCAUUUUUUUGAAAAAAAAAAAAAAAACUCGGAGGACAUAGGGGAUGUCAGUUUCCUAUGGAAGAGACACCUCUGACCUGUUAUUCUUAUAAUCAAAAUCUCAAGGGAAAAAAAUGUUUUAGUUCUUUCACCACUCAUUGGGUUCAACUAGAUUAAAAGGCUGAUUUUCAGAAAUA